GCCAGGGACAGGCAGACAUGGGGCCAGGGCUUCGGGGCCUGGGCAGGGUUGGCCAGGCCCCGUGACAGGAGGACCCCCAAGCCCCGGCCCGGGGAGGGGCCAUGGUGCUGCCUGGCCGACAUGUCAGCCGAGGUGCGGCUGAGGCAGCUCCAGCAGCUGGUACUGGACCCCGGCUUCCUGGGACUGGAGCCCCUGCUCGACCUUCUCCUGGGCGUCCACCAGGAGCUGGGCGCCUCCGACCUGGCCCAGGACAAGUAUGUGACCGGCUUCCUGCAGUGGGCGGAUCCCAUUGCAGCAAGGCUUAAGGAGGUCCGGCUGCAGAGGGAUGACUUUGAGAUUCUGAAGGUGAUCGGGCGUGGGGCUUUUAGCGAGGUAGCAGUGGUGAAGAUGAAGCAGACGGGCCAGGUGUAUGCCAUGAAGAUUAUGAAUAAGUGGGACAUGUUGAAGAGAGGCGAGGUGUCGUGCUUCCGGGAAGAGAGGGAUGUGUUGGUGAAUGGGGACCGGCGCUGGAUCACGCAGCUGCACUUCGCCUUCCAGGACGAGAACUACCUGUACCUGGUCAUGGAGUACUACGUGGGCGGGGACCUGCUGACGCUGCUAAGCAAGUUCGGGGAGCGGAUCCCGGCGGAGAUGGCGCGUUUCUACCUGGCCGAAAUUGUCAUGGCCAUCGACUCAGUGCACCGGCUGGGCUAUGUGCACAGGGACAUAAAGCCAGACAACAUCUUGCUGGACCGCUGCGGCCACAUCCGCCUGGCUGACUUUGGCUCCUGCCUCAAGCUGCGGGCUGAUGGAACCGUGCGAUCGCUGGUGGCCGUGGGCACCCCAGACUACUUGUCUCCUGAGAUCCUGCAGGCUGUGGGCGGUGGACCUGGGACUGGCAGCUAUGGGCCCGAGUGCGACUGGUGGGCGCUGGGCGUGUUCGCCUACGAAAUGUUCUAUGGGCAGACGCCCUUCUACGCCGACUCCACGGCCGAGACCUACGGCAAGAUCGUCCACUACAAGGAGCACCUGUCUCUGCCACUGGCCGACACAGGGGUCCCUGAGGAGGCUCGAGACCUCAUCCAGCGGCUGCUGUGUCCUGCGGAGGUUCGGCUAGGCCGGGAUGGAGCGAACGACUUCCGGAAGCAUCCUUUCUUCUUUGGCCUUGACUGGGAGGGUCUCCGUGACAGCCUACCGCCCUUUACGCCAGACUUCGAGGGUGCCACUGACACUUGCAACUUCGACGUGGUGGAGGAUGGGCUCACUGCCAUGGUGAGCGGGGGCGGGGAGACACUGUCAGACAUGCAGGAAGGCAUGCCACUGGGGGUCCACCUGCCUUUUGUGGGUUACUCCUACUCCUGCACGGCCCUCAGGGACAGUGAGGUCCCAGACCCCACACCCAUGGAACUGGAGGCCCAACACUUACCUGAACCACAUGUGCAAGUGGCCAGCAUGGAGGAGCCCACAGUGUCCCCACUGGAGGAAACAGCUGAAGUGGGCGAUCCAGAUCCAGCGGAUCCGAAUCCGGGGGCAGUCCGAGUGGCGGAGGUGACAGAGGUGACACUGCGGGAGCUCCAGGAGGCCCUGGAGGAGGAGGUGCUCACGCGGCAGAGCCUGAGCCAGGAGCUGGAGGCCAUCCGCACGGCCAACCAGAACUUCACCAGCCAACUGCAGGAGGCGGAGGCCCGGAACCGAGACCUGGAGGCACGUGUCCGGCAGCUGCAGGAGCGGAUGGAGUCGCUGCAGGCUCAGGGAGCGGCAGCUGUCACGGGGGUCCCCAGUCCCCGGGCCGCGGAUCCACCUUCCCAUCUAGAUGGCCCCCCGGCCGUGGCUCUGGGCCAGUGCCCGCUGGUGGGGCCAGGCCCCAUGCACCGCCGCCACCUGCUGCUCCCUGCCAGGGUCCCUAGGCCUGGCCUAUCCGAGGCGCGUUGCCUGCUCCUGUUCGCCGCUGCUCUGGCUGGUGCCGCCGCCCUGGGCUACGCUGGGUUGGUGGCCGGCGCCGGGCAUCUCGCUCCAAUCUGGCAUGCCCCGGGAGCCGCCUUCGCCCCCUGAACCCUAGUCCCAAGCUGUCCUCCACUUG